AUGAUCGAGAGCAGUCGCCACAAACAAGAACGCAGGAGCAGAAGGGAUGCAGCAGGGAGCAGCAGCAAGAAGCUGCAGCAGCAACUGCCCCACAGCCACCUGCCGCUGCUCCAGCAGGAGCAGCAGCCUCCCCCUGCUGCGCAGCAAGCCGCGCGCAAGAGCUUGAAGAAACAGAACAAAGACAGCAGCAGAGACGAGAUCACACACUUCUCCUGGCAGCCGGGGAUGUGGCUAAGCGACAGAUACCGUGUGCUUGCAAAGUUAGGGGAUGGCACAUUUGGAAGAGUCUUACGAUGUGCAGACGUCAGGCUCCAGACGCAAGUUGCUAUCAAGGUCGUGCGUGACGUGUCACGCUACACAGCAGCAGCUCAAAUAGAAGCUGAUAUUUUGCGGGAAGUCAAUCGAAAGGAUCGACGAAGAGAGUCGCGUUGUGUUUCGUUGUUGGAUGCCUUUAUGCAUCAUCAGAAACACAUGUGCCUCGUUUUUGAAUGCUUGGGGAAGAGCCUCUACGACGUUCUAGCCGAAAACAAGUAUCGAGGCUUUUAUAUGGAAGACAUCGUUCAGGUAGCAAAACAAGGCCUUACUGCGCUCGCCUUCAUGAGAGACUGCAAACUCGCGCAUACGGAUCUGAAGCCAGAGAACAUCCUGCUACAAGGCGAGGAGAUGUAUGAGACACGUCCUCCAAGGCCCUCAGAAGAGGACGAUAACUCGGUGCCUUACUUGCGGCCAGACAGCAUGCAAGUCAAGAUCAUUGAUUUCGGGAGUGCAACAUUUGAGGAUGACUAUCAUUCAUCGCUCAUCAAUACACGGCAGUACAGAGCACCUGAAGUGAUUUUGGAUAUUGGAUGGGAUAUGGCGAGCGACAUGUGGUCUUUGGGCUGCAUCCUCAUGGAAUUGUAUACUGGGGAUGUACUUUUCCGCACUCAUGAGCAUCUUGAACACUUAGCCAUGAUGGAACGAAUAGUUGAGCCAUUUCCGGUGGAAAUGCUGCAAAAAGCGCAGCGAGGGGCUGGAAAAGGCUACCUUGCAACGGACAGCCGCGGGAGCGUUCGCCUCAAGUGGCCAGAGGGCGCUGCUUCACAAGGCAGCCUUGAUAGAGUAAAGAACUGCGUUCCCCUUGAGAGCUUGGUUCUUCCUCAAGACCGCCUUCUCGCGGAUUUCGUGCGGUUCAUCCUUCAAAUUAAUCCCAAGAAACGGCCAGAACCCGAGGAGGCCUUGCGCCAUCCUAUCUUUUCGGUUCCUAAAUGGGGUCGUUAA